AUGGGAGUUGAGACCUCACGUCAGGAGAGUCUGUCAUUUGACGAUGAUGUGCUCCACGCUUUUGCUGAGAUGUUUUUCGAUGCUUCUCUGCUAUGGGAACCAGGCUGGGAAUAUCCAACUCCUCCUCAGCCCCGGAAGACACAGACAUUAUUACUUCCGAGCUGGUCAUGGGUUCGUACGAGGGGCUCAAUCUCGACCUCUGUCUGGCAGAAUUUUGCACAGAAUUUUUACAAAGACGCAUCGUCUAAGAACAUUUAUGAGCUACAACCCCGAGUUCAAUGGUGGAAACUCAGCUCUCUGGGAGGAGCAUCAAAGCGGAUCAAGUACCAACACUUCAGUAACCAUGCCUCGAUGCCGCCAGGCUGGGACCCGCCAACGUUUCAAGCCGGACUUGACCGCAGAGAUGAUUUCAAGUAUUCACACACCUUGUCUCCAGACACAGAAUACCCGCACCCCUUCCCGUUUCCCGAGAGUGCCGGAGCACGUCUUCCAGAUGUCGAAUACGGCCCAUUACUGAGACGUAUCGCAAAUCGAGGUUGGCUGAUCAAAUCAAACGAGCUCAGAGACCCCUAUGGAGGUGAGAUAUUAUUUGACGACCGACUGGACCAAAGCUUCCCUCAAGAAUCUGGUGAGAGGUGCGAAGUAAUUGCGAUUGCUGAGGGGCGGGUUCCUCAUAUGGAGGAUGACUAUAUCUUAGCUGAGAAGCGAGAAAUCCCUCCAGAGGAGCGGGCGUGGAAUUUCAUAGACUUCCGUUAUGAGUUUUAUUUUAUCCUUUGGAUCGGCUGGGUUGACGGCUUUGCAUACCGGAGGGGUAUUGGAAGAGUUCUUAAGGGGGUAUGGGAGAAUAUGGAGCUUGAGGAGAUUGAAGUAACACUCGGCUAG